UAUUUCCUUCGGAUAAUACUUUGGUAGUAAUUGCAGCUUCAGGUGAGCAAGAACAACUUCUCGCACCCGAAAAGAAGAGAAAUCAGCCCGGCGCACCAGAUCCGGAAGCGGAGAUGGUGGCGCUAUCGCCGAAAUCGCUAUUAGCGACCAACAGAUUUGCGUGUGAGGUAUGCGGUAAAGGGUUUCAAAGGGAUCAGAACCUCCAGCUGCACCGAAGAGGACAUAAUCUACUAUGGAAACUCCGGCAGCGUGGACCAAAGGAGGCGAUAAAGAAGAGAGUGUUUAUUUGUCCAGAAGUAAGCUGUGUACACCACGACCAACACCGUGCUCUUGGUGAUCUUACUGGGAUUAAGAAGCAUUUUGGUAGGAAACAUGGGGAGAAGAAAUGGAAAUGUGAGCGGUGUGGUAAAAAGAGGGAUAGUUUUGUGACGCACAGGGCAUUUUGUGAUGCGUUGGCGCAGAAGAGUGCCAAAGUUGUGUGUUUAUCGCCAUUUACGGUGACAGCGCCAACGACGACAUCCACAUCCAGUGUUGUUUUGUGUUCUCCUGUUUUAUCUCUUAAUCACAGUUCAGGAGGUAAUUUAUUCAUGUGUUCUCCUGUUUUAUCGUCAGGGUCUAUGUUGUUCCUAAGUUUUGGUUGAUGACACACACACAUA